GUACCUGGGCGUUAGUUGACUGUUGUGGGUUGCAUUCUGGAAGACAAGAUUGAAGACCACAAUGGAAAUACGACAGAUAGUCCUCGAUGACGGACCGACUUUCUUGGGUUAUCCUGGGUAGCGAAGUUUACGAGGUAAAAAUCCGAACAAAUCUUAUCUUGUCUUAACGACUACUACUAUUAAUGAAGCUCAGGCAACUUACCACCCACACCCUCACAUACACCCCAACGUACAUCAACACACUACACAUACACCUAUACCCACCCAUACACAUACCCCUACACUCACACCCACCCACGAGGGAGCCUAUAAUAAUAAUAAUUAUUAUUAUUAUUAUUAUUUCUACGAGUACAUGUACAAGGUAUACAGUCCUAGAUGACAUCAAUGACAUACUAUUAUAUAGAAAGACCCAUGUUGUGCAGAGCAUUUCGGAUAAAUUAGGUCAAUUUUGUCCCAGGAUGCGACCCACACCAGUCGCCUAACAUCCAGGUACCUAUUUUACUGCUAGGUGAACAUGGACACGUGUCUUAAGGAAAAUAGUCCUGUUUCCACCCGUAUCGUGGCUCGAACCACAGACGUCAAUGUGUGAGCUGAGUGCGUUAGCAAUCAAGCUACUGGCGCCUCCAACGCCCACUCACCGCCAAACUACAUCUACCAUUUCCUCUGACAGUUAUGAGAGGCUUUUGGAAAACGGAUUGAAAGGAUAUCGUUCCAUGAUACGGGAACGUUUAUCCUGGGCUAAGAAUCACAUUGAGUGGACUUCUGAACAAUGGGAUCAGGUGGUGUUCUCUGAUGAAUCAAUCAUUCGAGUGAUGGAUGACCGUGUGCUGACUGUAAGAAGGUGGUUAAGUGAGGAAUUUAUGCCUGAAUGUCUGAAGAAGACAGUCACAUUUCCUCAGAAAAUCAUGGUGUGGAGAGCCAUUUCCGUUCAUGGAACAAGUUUCGUUUGCACAUUUUUGAGGGUACUAUGAACCAGGUUAAGUAUAUAAAAGUACUACAACGCCAAUUACUGCCUCAGAUAAGAACAUAAGAACAAAAGAACAUAAGAAAGAAGGAACAGUGCAACAGGCCUACUGGCCUAUGCGAGGCGAGGUUGGCAUGGUGAUGGAUGUUGGACAUUCCAACAAGACUCAGCCCCAUGUUACACGGCAAAAUCAGUAAAGACAUGGUAUGCACAAAAUGGCGUUGAGCUGCUCCUAUUGGCUGGAUAUUCCUCCGAAAUAAACCCUAUUGAGAGUAUAUGGUCUGUAUUGAAGGAUGAAAUACACGAAGAUCCCAUUACGACCCAAGAGCAACUCACAGAACACUUAUGCAUGCUAGGGCUGGUCAAACCAAAUAUUAAUCAAUGUAAAAUA